GAGGGCCCUGAGGCUGUGCUCACGCCCCGCCCCGCCCGGUCCCUGCCGCCCUCAGCUCCGACGCUCCCCGCUACCUCAGCUCGAGCCCCGGCCGCGGAGCCAUGGCGAAGCCCCGGAGUCGGCGUCCGUACCUCGCGGUGUGCCUGGUCGCGGCGCUGGUGUCCUUCCUGGCUGGCCUCCUGCUGGGCUGGCUUGUCAAGCCUCACAAGGAAACGACCACUACAGAGCGCUAUCAUCAAAGUUUGCGGUGGAAACUCGUAUCAGAAAUGAAAGCAGAAAAUAUUAAGGCUUUUCUUCGUUCUUUUACGAAACUUCCUCAUUUGGCAGGAACAGAACAAAAUUUACUACUUGCCAAAAAAAUCCAAACUCAGUGGAAAAAAUUUGGAUUAGAUUCAGCUGACUUGGUUCAUUAUGAUGUUCUCUUGUCUUACCCUAAUGAAACAAAUACUAACUACAUAUCAAUUGUGGAUGAACAUGGAACUGAGAUUUUCAAAACAUCGUACCUUGAGCCACCACCAGAAGGGUAUGAGAAUGUGAGCAAUAUCGUGCCGCCGUACAACGCUUUCUCCCCCGCGGGCACGCCAGAGGGAGAUCUGAUAUAUGUGAAUUAUGCUCGUACUGAAGACUUUUUCAAACUAGAAAGGGAGAUGAACAUCAACUGCACGGGAAAGAUUGUUAUUGCCAGAUACGGGAAGAUCUUCAGAGGAAAUAAAGUCAAAAAUGCUGUGCUGGCUGGGGCCAUAGGAAUCAUUCUGUACUCGGAUCCAGCUGACUACUUUGCCCCUGAGGUACAGCCAUACCCCAGAGGGUGGAACCUUCCUGGAACUGCAGCCCAGAGAGGAAAUGUGUUAAAUCUGAAUGGAGCUGGCGACCCGCUCACUCCAGGCUAUCCAGCCAAAGAGUACACCUUCAGAUUUAAUGUUGAAGAAGGAGUGGGAAUCCCUCAAAUUCCUGUGCAUCCUAUUGGAUAUAAUGAUGCAGAGAUAUUAUUACGCCACUUGGGCGGGCUUGCUCCCCCGGACGAGCACUGGAAGGGAAUGCUUAACGUUUCUUAUAGUGUUGGGCCCGGCUUCACAGGGAGUAAUUCUUUCAGAAAAGUUAAAAUGCAUGUUCAUAACAUCAAUAAAAUUACAAGAAUUUACAAUGUAAUUGGAAUUAUUAGAGGAUCUGAGGAACCUGACAGGUAUGUGAUUGUGGGAGGUCACCGGGACUCGUGGGUGUUUGGAGGCAUUGACCCAACCACGGGGACUGCGGUUAUGCAAGAAAUAGCCCAGAGUUUUGGAAAACUGAUAAAUAGAGGCUGGAGACCUAGGAGAACUAUCAUUUUUGCCAGCUGGGAUGCCGAAGAGUUUGGACUGUUGGGUUCUACAGAAUGGGCUGAGGAGAAUGCAAAAGUACUUCAAGAGAGAAGCAUUGCUUAUAUCAACUCAGAUUCAUCAAUAGAAGGCAACUAUACUCUCAGAGUUGAUUGUACACCUCUUCUCUACCAGCUGGUGUAUAAACUGACAAAAGAGAUUCCCAGCCCUGAUGAUGGUUUUGAGAGGAAAUCACUUUAUGAAAGUUGGUUGCAAAAAGACCCAUCACCAGAUAAUAAAGACUUCCCUAGAAUCAAUAAACUGGGAUCUGGAAGUGAUUUUGAAGCUUAUUUUCAGAGACUUGGGAUUGCCUCAGGCAGAGCUCGUUACACUAAAAAUAGGAAAACAGAUAAAUAUAGCAGUUACCCUGUGUACCAUACUAUUUAUGAGACAUUUGAAUUGGUGGAGAAGUUUUAUGACCCAAUGUUUAAGAAGCAGCUUUCCGUGGCUCAGCUACGAGGCGCGCUGGUGUACGAGCUCGCAGACUCUGCAGUCAUUCCUUUCAACGCUGAAGACUAUGCGAAGGCUUUGAAACACUAUGCAGCAAGUAUCUUCAGUAUCGCCAGGAGACACGGCCAACAGCUGAGAGACUACAAAGUAUCAUUUGAUCCCUUGUUUUCUGCUGUGAAAAAUUUCUCUGAGGCUGCUUCAGAUUUUCAUAAAAGACUUACACAACUUGACCAUAAUAAUCCUAUUGCAGUGAGAAUCAUGAAUGACCAACUGAUGCUCCUGGAAAGGGCGUUCAUUGACCCCCUGGGUUUACCAGGAAGGCAGUUCUAUAGGCAUAUCAUCUUUGCUCCAAGUAGCCACAACAAAUAUGCUGGAGAGUCCUUUCCUGGGAUUUAUGAUGCCAUGUUUGACAUUGAAAAUAAAGCAGAGCCUCGCUUGGCCUGGACAGAAGUAAAGAAACAUAUUUCUAUUGCAGCUUUUACAAUUCAAGCAGCAGCAGGGACGUUGAAAGAAAUGUUAUAGGAAGGUGUCCGUCAAGUGGCUAACUAUUAAAGGUGUUGCUGAAAACCUGAGGAUGAGAUUUGUCAUUUUUGAUGAUGCAUAAAGCCAGAAGGUUUUAAAAAUCUUGAUUCUCCUGCCAUGGUUUUAAACUUCCAUCUUGUUCACCUCAGAGUUUUUGCCUCUUGGAUGCAUGGUCAAAGAAACUGAAAAUGGAAACAACUCGAAUGUAUAAUAGCAGAUAAAUUGAUAAAUUGUGUUAUAGUCACAGUGAAAUUCUAGCCAGCAAAAUAAAAAUGAAAGAACUGUCAA